UCUCCGGGCUUUGCAGCUCGCCACGCCUCGCCUCGUUUUUUCUCAAUAGUUGUCAGAGCUUCGGGUCACUCGCUAGUCGUCGUGAGGCAUCUUCCACUCCCUUUCUUUCUCUCUCUCUGUCUCCCUGUCCUCCACCUUCUCAGGCUCCAGCAUCCUUUUUGCAAAGGCAGAGAAAACCGUGGACCGCGAAGCAGCUCGUAUACUCGAGGUCGUCUGAGCUCUGCAUUAUCCGAGGCAGGAAAACAAACGCAAGUCUUUUCUCCUCAAAAGUUCUCGACUCAAACUCCGACCAUGUCCGGCGAAGACGCACCUGCCCAGCAGCAAAACGCCGAGGAGCAGAAGCAGCAGCAGCAGCAGCAAGAAACCAAGACGCCCGCCGAGUCCCCAAAAACCGAGAGCAAACCAGACCCACCGCCCAGCGGCGCCUCCACCGAGGCCGCCGCCGCCGACACCGACACCCCAGCGCCCGCAGAGGAGAAAGCCCCAGAGGAAGACACGUUCAGCUACCGGGCUCUGGUGCUCACCGGCUACGGCGGCUAUGAUAAGGUGAAACUCCAAGUAAAGAAGGGGAAGCCAGCUCUCAAGAGCGGCGAGGUGAUGGUGCGCGUAAAAAUGUGCGGGCUGAACUUCGCAGAUCUGAUGGCAAGACAGGGACUGUACGACCGGCUCCCGUCCCCGCCGGUAACCCCGGGCAUGGAGUGCUCCGGGAUCAUCGAGGCUGUCGGUGAAGACGUGACUGACAGAAAAGUGGGUGAUAAGGUUCUGGUUCUGAACCGGAGCGGUAUGUGGCAGGAAGUAGUAGUGGUGGCGACCACACACACCUUCCUGAUACCAGAGGGCAUGAGCUUUGAGGAGGCGGCGGCACUUCCUGUCAAUUACAUCACUGCCUACUUGAUGCUCUUCGACUUUGGGCACCUGCGUCCGAACCAGAGCGUGCUCAUCCAUAUGGCUGCAGGUGGGGUGGGCAUCGCUGCCACUCAGUUGUGUAAAACAGUGAAUGAUGUCACAUUGUUUGGCACCGCCUCGGCCAGCAAGCACGAGGUCAUCGGCCAGGGAGGAGUCACGCACCCCAUUGACUACCGGACACGUGAUUAUGUGGAGGAGAUCCGUAAAAUCAGCCCCAAAGGCUUGGAUAUUGUUCUGGAUCCUCUGGGAGGCUCUGACACUCAUAAGGGCUACAACCUACUGAAACCAAUGGGGAAGCUCAUCAGCUACGGUGCCGCUAACAUGUUGGCGGGUCAGAAGAAGAACCUGUUUGCGGUGGCUAAGACCUGGUACCAGCAGUUCUCCGUACACACCCUGAGCCUGAUCCAGGGAAACCGCUCGGUGUGCGGAUUUCACCUGGGGUACCUGGACUCUGAGACCGAGCUCAUCGCUCAGGCCAUGGCAGCCGUUGUGGACCUCAUAACAAAAAUGUUUAUGGACCUGUACAGACAGGGCAAGAUCAAGCCCCGAAUUGACUCCACCUACCACCUAGAACAGGUUGGUGAUGCCAUGCGUAGGAUGCAAGAGAGGAACAACAUCGGUAAAAUUAUCCUCACCACCGAGCCAAUGAAGGAAGAGGAGAAGAAAGAGGAGGCCAAGAAAGACGAGGAGAAGAAGAAAGAUGACAAGAAAAAGGAUGACAAGAAGAAGGAAGACAAGAAGAAGGAUGAUGCCAAGAAGGAGGAGAAAAAGGAGGAGAAGAAGAAGGAAGAGGCCAAGAAGGACGACAAGAAAGCAGAAGAAAAGAAGGAAGAAGCCAAGAAAGAGGAGAACUGAGUGGAGAGAAACAUUGUGGAUGUGCUUUGUGUCUGUGUCAGCGGUUUGGGAGUGGUUUGAGUGAGUGUGUGUGUUAUGUGUGAUUGUGUGUGUGUAUGGAGGGGUGUAUAGUGUAAUUAGCUUAACCCCAGUUGAUUCCUGACAUUAGAUCUGCAUUUCUGCAAUCAUUCAAUCAACAGAAUUCACACACCACUUAUGUUCACCCACACACACACACACACUUUAUACACCAAGGGAACACACCACUUUAUCGUUCUGUUGUAACCCGGUAGUAUUUAUUCCCGGUUCUGCUGCGUCCUUUUUAACUAUUUCAUAUGACUGCAUGCCACCAAGGCAUGUUAGGGCAGUAUUAUCCUUUUUAUAACUAUCACGGCAGUGUUUACUCAACCAACGUCUUUAAUUAUAUAACAAAAUAACCUUACUCUGCACCCUUUAAAAUCAUACUACCAUAUCCUCUAACGUUAUUCCUGCCAAACUAAUGCACUAUAAAAUUAUUGUAUAUCACUGAAAUAUUCUUUGUAGACGCAAACCAAAAACCACCUCAUUCGCUCUCUACACCCCUCCAUGUGUUUGCGUACCCACUGUGAGUUUGGCUUUUCUGUUUCCUUUUCGUCUCUGUUCUGAAGUGGGUGCACUUGUUUGAUUCGCCAUACGUCAUCAAAAGUGAAAGAGCCUUUUUUUCUGCCCACCUUGGUAUGCAAAAACAAGAGCACCCACCUACACUCCCAUUGUUUAUGUUGUUUUCCCCUUAUUGGGCCAGACUCACUCACAUGUACUCAAGCCCCGCCCCCGUGGCGGAGUCAGGGUGGUUUCUGAUUGGCCGAGAGGGACAACAGGCUUCUUUUAUGCGUACACAUGUGCACAUCGCAGACGUUACCCCAAAAACUAACAAGGGUGCUUUAGGCUUCAGCUGAUCAAUGUGCCAUGUCAUUAAAACGGGGCAAGCGCCAGGGUUUUAAUGAGUCUAGCUUGGCAAGCAGGACAAAUUAUAGAGAACAUUCUCCCAGCCUUUUCCCCAUCGUUUCUCUUGUAUCAGAUGUGGACUCAUAAAGACAGGAGUGGCCUUUCAUUCCAGAACCUCCUCCAGGAUUCCAGGAUCCUGACGCUUUCCGCCCCUCGUUCCCGUGACUGCUUACCACACGAUCAUGCUGACCUGCAGCUCGCAUUUAAAUAUGAUCUCCGCUCCGUCUGGCUUUUCUAACUCCGCUCUCUCUCGCUCUCUACCCAUUUCGUCAUUGUGGUUGGCAUAGCAACAGCAGUUAGGCUAGUUAGGGAUGACAGUUAGGUCUCACCCCCACAUAGCAGACGGACACAAACAGACAACCACUCGCAGCUUCUUUUAUACCAUAAACUUUGGUGGUUUUAUUUGAAUGCAUUUAGGAAUGUGGCUACACCCUCGCUUAGACAUGUCAAUCAAUCCCUCUGGCUCCUCCUCCUCCCCUGUUUCUCAAGAGAGCAGUAAUCUACUGCCUCCGCUGGUGAUUUAUAUGCACUGCAGUGCUAUCAUUCAAGUAAUCAAGACACCUGCUGACCGCUCUCUUUCUUUUCACACUGUGAGUCUGGUUCAUUUCAGUGAGUGUUUAUGUGAAACAAAACCAGAGCCCCUCUUUUAUAUGUACGUUUGUUGUGUGCGAGUACGUGUGUUUCUGUAUUUGGCUGUCUGUCCUCAGGUUUGUUGUCGGAUUUAGAUUAAAACAUCUUUCUUUCUGUCUCUCUACCUCCCUCAUGCUACCGUCUGGCAUUUUAACCGUCUCUUUCUCUCCUCCUCCUCCAUCACUUUCUAACUCACCGCCACUCUUGAAUAUUCCGGCCCCCGUGAACGGCCUGCAAUGGUUUGCUAUCGUUUGCACUCAGCUUGCACUUACAGAGCAUGGCGUUUCCACACCCAAUCCGCCGUAUCUCUGGUUCCUGUCCGGGUUUUCACACCGUUUCAGUCACAUUCUCGUUCUCCCACCAACACACUCGCUCUGUAUGCGCCUCUAAAACCGAGAAACAAGCGUUUGAACGUGCAUGGAGAUGCUCAGAAGGCCGCAUUGUUCGAUGCAUGCUCGUGUUUACAUAAUCACUACGAGUGCAGAUGACCGUUCAGGCGCAGAAUGCACUGGGGUGGGUGUGGAACAGCCAUACUAGUCUGAAGAGUCACCAUGUUCCAACUCACUGAAUCCCGAUCCGGUUUUGAGUUCCGGAUCCGAGGGAUUGAGUUUCAGUUUCUUGUUGUGUUCCGCUGGUUCUCUUCCUGUGUUCCUGUGGAUGGUGACUCAAGAGCACCAAGUGACCCUAACUAACUUAAGUGAAAAAUAUCCGUCCUCUUUGUAUUAGGUUUCUUUUUUUUUUUUGUAUGUUUGUUUGUUUUUGUGGUCUGCAUUUCAGUAGUUUGAGUUCAAAAGGCUUUGCUGCAGUUCCUCUAAAAUGUGAUGAAUCAUGUGAUUUCGUUGGUCUUGACCGAGUGUGCCAAACUUUUUCGUGAAGGCAUGACCUUCGCUAUAACUGUGCUUACUGUACUGAAGAAAAAAAAACGAAGAAUGAAAGAUGAAGAAAAAAAACCUAACCGUCUGUGGUUUUUGUCAAAAUGACCUUGCAGUAAAAGAUCUUGAGAUUCUGAAUUCGCUCCUGCCGUGUGUGGUCGACAACGCCCUGAAUAUUAUUGGUGCUGACUGAUUUCCAAAUUUUGUUUUCCGCUACCGUUCGAAUCCAUGCAAAACCUCUCGUUCUCACUGUGCCUCAGUCGUAGACCAACACCAGAUUGCCUCCACGCAUGUUUACACGCGAAUGCAUAUACACGCACGUAGACCGUAGUUCGUCCCUAACUCCGUCUCAGCUCUGCUGUCCUGAAGGGCUGGAAUCUCAUUCCCAUUGAUCUGAAACCCCCCAGAUCAGGUGUACUGUUGUUUACGGAUGCACUUUUGUGUAUCAUGGUGGAGUUCAUCGGAAAUUAUGCGUCUUUUCUAACCUAUGACCCGAGGUAACCCAACAAAAAGAUCCAGCAACAGUCAGAACGAACGAAUGAUUCAUGUCUGUGUAGUUUUCCAAGCUGUUUCAGGAUUUGCUGGCUAUUCGUUGUUUUUUUGUUUCUCAGUGAAUGUACAGUAGUAAUUAAUCGCGAUCCUGAAAGGAUAUAGUUCACCUAAAAUUUUAAAUUGUCAUUAUUUACUCACCCUCGUGUUGUUUCAAACCUGUGAGACUUCCUUUAUCUGUGAAGCAUAAAAUGAGAUAUUUUUGUCCAUGCAAUGGAAGUCAAUAGUAACCAAAAGAAAGGAUUUUGUUCCCAACAUUCUUCCAAAUAUUUUUUUGUGCAGAAGAAAGAGUCAUGCAGGUUUGGAACGACAUGAAGGUGAGUAAAAAAAAAAAAUUGGGUGAACUAUGCCUUUAACAUCUAGUCUUAGAGGCCCGUUCACGAGCAAACCCUGCUGUGUUUUCAUUUCCAGACGAUCCAGCAGCGACAUUCCGGUUCUGGAACUCAUCUCGGCUGCUUAUGACAUCAGAGCGGCUGUCGAUUCGGUUUCGUCCCUAGUUCUGUCUGCAUUGGCUAGUGUUAAGCGCCGCUGGGUCCGUUCAGAGACCAUUCGGAGCACCCACACCCAAAAACAAUGACAUCUGGGCUGGGAAUGCUCACUUUAAAUCUCUCAAGGUUUAGACAUUAUUAUUAUUAUUAUUAUUAUUAUAGCGUGAUGGUUUGGAGUAUUCUUCCUCUUCCUUUUUUUGGAGCUCACAACGGCUCCACAAUGAGCUCAGCUGCAGGUGCGAGAGUCUCUCGUGGAUAUGGAAUUGUGCGACUGGGAGCCAGAGAGGCUCGGAUCGAGCCAAGCUGCUUCCUUCCUCAGUCUCUCAAUCCAAUAGCUUUCCCAGAACAGGAAACGCCCCUCAGGUUUGCAGAGUGCAGAAUUCCUGCUGCAAAUGCAGCCUUAACCAGCGCUAAAUCGCAUCAUGCCUAGACGUUAUUUAGGAUGUUAGAUACGCAAACGUAGUGCAGUUUGGUGUGCCUACAGUGAAAUGUAUUUAUUAAUUUAUGCGUUAAUGAAAGCACUAAUGAAAUGAAGCUUCGAAAGGCUUUUAGCUCUAAAUUUAUACGGCCGAUGUAUUUGCCUUCUCUUUGUCUGGCACAUAUGAGAAACUGAGUCAUUGUGGACCGUUUCCCACACAUGCUCAGCGUAACGGGUCUAUCUUUGUCUCGCAAAUGCACACUGCACACAUCUCGCAGUCUUAAUAAUGCACUUUUUGUGUACAUUCGGAUGCAUACUUGCGCUAAUAAAGAUGCAUGGUGACUUUGGAGACAUUUCGGAAAGAUCUCGAGUCACAAAAGGCUCCGUUUGCACUCUGAAUUACAGUUCCAACUUUCCUGCUUGGCUUUUUGACUGAAGAGCCAAUCAGAGGCACCAGCUUACAUUCCUGUUCACUGAUUGGUUCUAAAUUCAAACCCCGCCCCUAUCCGUCAGCAUUAAUGCUCCUCCCCCUCCACACACGUCAGAGAAGCACCACGGGUUGUUUGUGUUGUUGUUUGUUUCUUGAAGCCCUCCAUCAAAACUUUCUUCAUAUAAUUUUGAGAAUCUGAAGUGCUGCUGUUUCUGUGCUUGACUCUGGGUUGGUUGGACUGCGUGUGGUCAUGAGGACCGUAGAGUUCAUAACGCUUCUGUGUGUGAUGUGACCAUUUUGCCUUACAUGUUUUCCAGGACUAAUUAAAGAGCAUAACUAAAA